CACGUAAGCGUCCGCUCUCUAGUUUGACGUAACGUUGUUUGUGAAUGAAUUGGAGACCGGUUUAGCGCAUUUCAGUACAAGAGUACACAGUAUUACAGCAUUUGAAUCACAUUUUUGCCAUUAAAGGCCAUAUUUGCUAUACAUUUAACAUUAAUUGUUUCCCUAAUUAUUAUAAAUUAUGUUUAAUUCAGUUACUAUUGACUGCAUUUCAAACAACAAUUAACGAUGACUUCCGAUAGUUUGGAGGCGACUCUUAUAGACGACAGUUGUUUCGGUGACGUCUUCACAAUGCAGUCCCAGUUCUUGGAUGACUUCGAGUUCGGUUUAGAGGCCAAUAAUAUCAACAGUUUAUUGGAGUUGUUUGAAGAGCACGAGAAGAAUAAUGACCGCAAUUUGAAUUACUUGACUAUUAAUAGCAAAAGUAAUAAUUAUAAUAAUAUCGUCAUUAAAGCCAACUCUGAGGCUUCCAGUGAUAGGAAGAAAGACAACGGUAUGGCAAUGAUAUCGUCGCCUAAAGUGCAUAAAUCACGUACCACUGGAUCCUCCAUCAUAUCCAACACCAAAAGCAAAGGGAUAUCACUGUUGGCUAAACCCAAGAAGAGUUCCCCAAAGCGUUCCCUUCUCAGUAUGAAUGACAGGGAUUUCGACUCCUUUUCCUCGUAUUUACUUCAAGAACACGACUAUUGUUUGAUGACAUCGAAUGACAGCAAAAAACUUUACAACAAAUUACCACAAUAUUUGACACAAUUGUCUGAUGAAAGACUGAGCGACUCUUCACAGGACACGAGUCCCACAUUCGAUAAGAUUCCUAAUUAUAUCAAAGGAUUUCUUAAUUAUAGCGAUAAUAUAGAAAACAUUGAGAGCGACGACAAUAUCUUAAUUGAAUUAAAUGAAGCUUAUAUAGAAGUGUCGGAUGUAUUCUUCGAUAAUGAGAUGCAAUUUGAAUCCAAAUUGAAUUCAGAAUUGUUUGGUGAAGAAGAAGAGGAAGAUAUGAAUUCCGAUUCAAGUAAUUAUUCGUCUCUUAUGUCAUCUGAAGAGUCAAAAGAUAUAAAACAAAUGAGCGCUUUAGACGACCAUCAGUUGAGUGAUCAAAACGAACAAAAAGAUUAUAUAAAUAAUAAUAGCGAUAAUAAAGUAAUGAAUAGAAAGUCUAGAUCUAGAAGUUGUGAAAAGAUUCAUAAGAAGUACUCGUCAUCGACGACGAGGAGGAGACGACUGUCGACGCGUUCAUCAGUUGACAGUUCAUCGGAUAAUGAGAGCUCUCGGAGCAGUUCGUGUUCGUCGUGUUCUUCGUGUGAUUCGUAUUCGAGUAGAAACUCAAACGAAACGAAAAUUAAUUUCAAACAAUUUUCCACUAGUAUUAUAAGGAAUGAGAAGAGCGGACAGAACUUCCGGAGAAAGCGGUCGUUGAAAGAGAGUUAUUGUCAAAACAAUAAUCGCUCGAAGAUUAGAGCAAAUUUUGAAAUUAAAUCUCGUAAUGAAAGUGUAAAUAAUGUGAAAAAUAUUCGUCAAAAAUCGGGUUCAAUGAACGCAAAGAAAGAUAUCGACGAACGAAAGAUCAUUUAUGUCGGGAAAAUACCCGACGGCACCACCAAAACAGAUAUCCGCCACUGGUUUGGAAGGUUUGGGGCCAUCAAAGAAGUGAGCGUUCAUUUCAGAGAUUACGGCGAUAACUAUGCGUUCGUCACGUUCUACAAGAGAUGUGAUGCUUAUGAGGCCAUUGAGCAUGCGAAUGAAGACUCGCGUCACCCGAAGUUUGACCUGAGUUUUGGCGGUCGGCGAAAGUUCUGUAAGACUCGUUACGAGGAUUUAGGUCUGUCUUUGAAUUAG